AUGUUUAAUUUUCAAUCGAGAUGGAUUAAUAGGUCCCUGGAUGUAUUGGAUAAUGAAGACUCAGUUUAGAAAAAUGUUAGAUAAAUAUUUUCAUUAAUAUUAUAAAACGGAAUGCUCUAUAUAUUAGCCCUAGCAUAGUUACUAUCCUUGGUAGUCACUUAGGAUCCCGUGGAUAAGUUGUUCGAGUUUCAGUAGCUCAUGAAACAAAAAACUAAAGUCCCAAAACAGAAAAUUAGUGAAUAUGAUAGUUCAGACAUAUUCAGCGAGGGGUAUAUUACUGUAAGUGAGCAAUCAGAGGAUGAGGAAUAUCAACAAUAUGAUGAGAUAUCACAAUAUGAUGAAGUGGAUGAACUAGGUAAUGAAUCUAUUGAUGCUGAACUGAUUAUUCAACAAUAAAAGGAAUAAUAAAGAAUGGAAUAGUAGAGAAUUGAAUAAUAGAAGAUUGAAUAACAGAGAAUCGAAUAAUAAAGAUUGGAAUAAUAAAGGUAAGAAUAAUUGAGAUUAGAAUAAUAAAUGAAGGAAUAAUAAUUGGUAGAGUAAUAGAGGUUAGAAAGAUUGAAAUUUGAAUAACAAUAACAAUAAUAAAUUCUUGAAAAUGAAAAGAAAAAAAAAUAAAUCAUUGAAAUUCCAGAAUAAUGGAGUGAGGAUGAUGAGAAUUAAGUUAUAUAAGUGCCUAAAUAAUAAAAGAGGAGGAAACAAAAGAAACCAGAAUUUGAUGACCAUUAAAUAUUAGAAGUCUUAAACUCUGCUAAGAAAACAAAAGUUUAAUCUCUUGAAGAUUUAGAAGAAAUGGAAAAGAAAAUAGUUAAGAAGAAAUAAAAGAGAGAGCCAGCUCCAUAAGAUGAAUUUGUAUAGAAAGUACCAGCUUAGAACUAAACCUUUAUUCAUUUCAAUAAUAAAAAUAAUUAUUUAGAAUUAGCCCCUUGUAGCAAUAAUCCUAUUUAAUAAAGAGCCUGUAGUUUAUGUAAAAGUGAGGUAGGAUACUAAUUAGAUGAUGACAAUUGGUACAUGAUUGGCUUAUAACACGGCUACAAGAAGGAAUUUCUUUUAUUGAUAGAAAUCACUAAAUAGUCCUUUGGAGAUAGUCAGUUGUAUUUGAGUUUCUCAUCCAAUGGAUCUGCAUGUAUGACAAGUGAUACUCUCAAAUAGGAUAUUGAUGUUGAGAAUGUUUUGUAAAGGUUUUCAGGUAAAUCAUGGAGACACUUUAUCAAAAAUGAAUUGUUUGCUCUUCCAUAAAAGCUGGAAGGCAGAAGCUUUCAAUUCAAGGCAAUAUACUAGAACAAACAAUUUGCAUUUUCAGAUUUUGAAAUCAAACUUGCAUCCAAUCUUAUUCAGGAAUUAAAGUCCUUAUCUAAAUAGGAGGUUUCCAUUAGAACCAAUACAGUUGAAUUCAUUGGAGAAUCAUUGUAAUGCACAUUAACAGGAUUGAUGAAGUAACAAAAUGAUGAGUUGCCAUUCUCCUUAAAAUUCAAGAAUGGUGAGAGUACAUCAGAACUUCUAAUUCCAAAUUGUUAGAUUCCAUUGCACAAUGAAAUCCUGUAUGGAGUUUCAGACUUGUAUUUUGGAGAAAAUUGA